AUGUCUGGGAUCAAGGCCUUUCCUACCAUCAAAGCCAUCCGAACUUUCGUCGUCGACGGAGUGGGCUCUGGCGGCGACUAUCACAAUGUCGAAGGGGGACACUGGCUGAUUGACAACAAAAUCGCAACCCCCAUGUCCAAAUGGGAGCGGUAUCGAACCUCCAGGACCUCCUUUGGUAUCAAUGUCCUUGGCUCCUUCUGCGUCGAGAUCACAGCCACCGAUGGUACCAAGGGUUUUGCCACAGGAUUUGGUGGGCCGCCUGGAUGUUGGCUCGUUCAGCAGCACUUUGAACGAUUUCUUCUGGGACGGGAUCCGAGAGACGUGAACGAUCUGUACGAGCUCAUGUACAAGGGUUCCCUGUUCUACGGUCGAAAAGGGUUGCCAGUGGCCGUCAUAUCUGUCAUCGACCUGGCUCUGUGGGAUCUCCUGGGCAAGAUCAGGAACGAGCCAGUCUACAAAAUGAUCGGUGGUGCCACGAGAGACAGGCUGCACUUUUAUUGCACCGGUCCCGAACCCGCGGCGGCACAGAAAAUGGGCUUCAUUGCAGGGAAGGUGCCCCUGCCUUACAGCGCGGACGAACCCGAUAGCAUCAAAAAGAACAUUGCAUUUCUGAAGAAGCAUAGGGAAGCCGUCGGCCCCGAUUUCCCUUUGCGGGUCGACUGCUGGAUGUCGUUGAACGUCCCCUACACCAUCGAGCUUGUGUCGGAGGCCAAGAGACAGGAUAUCAGAAUAGAUUGGUGGGAGGAAGUCCUGUCGCCGGACGACGUUGAUGGUUUCCAACUGUUGAAGAGGGCACACCCAGACACCAAGUUCACCACGGGGGAACAUGAAUACUCUCGCUACGGAUUUCGCAAACUCAUCGAAGGGCGCAAUGUCGACAUCAUCCAGCCGGACGUGAUGUGGCUCGGUGGCCUGACGGAACUUCUCAAAGUCUCUUCAAUGGCCGCAGCCUACGACAUUCCGGUCAUCCCCCAUGCUUCGGGUCCUUAUUCCUACCAUUUUGUCGUCAGCCAGCACAACUCUCCCUUCCAAGAGUAUCUAGCGAACAGCCCGGAUGGAAAGAGCGUUUUGCCUGUCUUUGGCGACCUGUUCCUGAACGAGCCAAUUCCCACCAAGGGGUAUCUGGAUGUCGGCACAUUGGACAAGCCUGGAUUCGGGCUGGAAUUGAAUCCCAAUGCGCGCUUGAUCGAUGCCACAAAUCUGCUGGGCAUGAGGCCGCAAAAGUCGCUGACAGUGCCAGUCGCCACGGGACAGACCGCGGUCAAUGGAUCUCAUGCUAAUGGCGGCCAUCUUCCCACAGAGGACAACGGAUCAAUGGUGGGGGACCAUGUUGCGUGA